AUGACAAUGGUGGUGAUGGAGAAGAAGAAGGAUGACCGUGAGGAGGCAGCACCACCACCAGCCACGGUGUCUGCACCACACGUGCAAUACCGGUGGUGUGAGGCAUGUGGAAAGUUGCGCAUUAUGCCUCCAGGUGAUGUGCCGUGCACCGGAGCCUCCACAUGUGCCUCUGCAGAGUCGCUUGGCCUUCCCGCCUUCGAAGGUGUGCAUGUAUUUCGCGAGUUUGUGACAGCAGACGAGGAGCAGGCGCUUCUCUCCCAAAUGGACGAAUGGCCGUGGAAGCUUUCCCAAUCCGGCCGCUGGAAGCAGGACUUUGGCCCAAAGGUCAACUUCAAACGCAAAAAGGUCAAGGUUGGCAACUUCACGGGACUACCAUCCUCAUCCCGCGACCUGGUUGCGCGAAUGCAGGCUCUCCCAUGCCUCCAGGACUUUGAGCCUGUGGAGCAGUGCCACCUCGACUACCGGCCAGAGCGCGGCGCAGCCAUCGACAUGCACUUUGAUGACGACUGGAUCUGGGGCGAGCGCCUGGUUACGGUUAACUUGCUGUCCGAGACGCGGCUGAGCUUUGAGCAUCCACAACACGAAGGAGCACAGGUGUAUGUGGUGCUGCCGGCACGCAGUCUUGUGGCUGUGCAGGGGAGUGCGCGGACGCAGUGGAAGCAUGCCGUUCAUCGCGGCGCAAUCACAGACCGGCGCAUUGCAGUCACGCUCAGAGAGCUUGGCCCCGACUUUGUUGCGGGUGCCGGUCGUGCAGAGGAAGGGCGCCACCUGUUGGACAUUGCGCACACAUUCAAGGGCACGCCACUGCCGUGA